UGGUCAUAUGGUUCGUAAAAAGGUAAUGGCGUGAGGAAGUAUGUUUCAUAUGGUUGUUCGCUUUUGGUUGUAGUGAUCGUGUUCAUUGUGACUGUCUGUUUGAAUUAACAGAAAUGGCAGGGUUAAUUAGUAUUUCAAAGACAUUAAAUAGUAUGUUUAAAAGCUUUUCGUCUUUGUCAGUGAUGAACAUUUCUAAAACAAAAUGUGUUCCCAGAACCAGUUCUGUGGUAUGUCCAUGCUCAUGUUUCCAUGCUACUUCAGUGAAACAAGAUUUAAUGGAGUUUUUUGAUGACAAAAAUAAUUGGGCGAAGAAUGAAGUUAAAGUGGGUAGAUCAUGGAAAAAGGAUGAACUGCGAAUCAAAAGUAAUUCAGACUUGCAUAAACUGUGGUUUGUACUGCUAAAGGAAAAGAAUAUGCUGCUCACAAUGGAACAUGAAAGCAAAGAACAAAUACAGUUGUUCCCUAAUCCUGAGAGAAUAGAUAAAGUGGAGGAAAGCAUGAAGAAUUUGGAAGAUGUUGUCCGAGAGAGGAAUGAAGCAUACUUUAAGUUAGAAACAGGACAAACUGGAGAACGACCUGUCUGUGUAAGAACGGGCUCUUUAGGUUUGAGGUACAAUCACCGAAUGGCAGAGCACAUCAUACCUCAAUUCAUGAAUAAGGAAUGGCAACAGCGUCAUAAGUCAUAUGCGCAUACUCGUGAUGUCAAGAAUUUUAUUACGCUCUACAGAGAAAAAAAGUUUCUUGAAAAGAGAAAAGCUCGAAACCGGGAACGCAACCACGUGAUUGGACUCAUGAAGAGAUUCCCUAACCUAGAUUUUGAAGCUGUGAAGGAGCAGUUCCCUUCUGUAGAUAUUGAGAAGAUACGCUACCAAAAGAAGACCCGUGGUCAUCGUGAGAAUAUUUGUUGACAGACUUAUAAUUCUAUUGUUCUCUGAUUACAAUGUGGGUCAUAGAAAUGUACUAGUUGCUAAUUAUUUAUUUCAAUCUCUGGCUUUAUUCCGAUGUUUAAGGCACUUCAUCCAGUUUUACCCUUCCUUUGCGGGUUCAACCAUCAGCAUUUCUUCAUUGAUGUAAUUUUACUGUGGAUAAGGUGUAAAUUAAUGAAAAACUAUUCCAUAUGAUGUGCAUAUAUAAAAAUAUUUUAUAAAAAUA